AUGAACUACACCGACGACCCGGCGACCGUCGCCGUGGGCAGGAAAUCGUCGUCAAACUCCCAACCGCCAAUUGUGACAGGCAACGCGGAAGUUACGUCACCUGCACCGGCAUCAACGCCAGCACCUGGACAAGCUCCUGACAGUGGUUCUGAAGACCUUGAUGAUAUGCCCGAUUUUGGUCAUGGUGACGCUGACGCAAUGUUGGAAGAAAUGGCGUCAUUUCCACCGGUCCAGUUAACCGGCAGCACACUACCCGGCACUACAUCGUCUGCGGGACCAUUGAUCUCGUCUGGGGACGAUAAAAUCCCCGACCGCCCAGAACGCAAACCGAUACAAAAUUUCAAGAGCCUCGUUCACUUCCAGGCGCCAAGCAGCGUCGUCAGAGAGUACAGCGGCCUCCUGGACGAUCUCGACUCCGACGCCAGCAACGGAUCGAGCGAGGGGAAAGAAAAAAUGCCAUCGAAAACACCACCAGAAGAACCCGAGCCGUCACCACCACCGCCGGCAAAAGAACAACUGCCACCGGCAGAACAAAAAUCUCCAUCGACAGAGAAAAAGUCACAACCUACAGAACAAGCGUCUCCGGGAGCGUCGGCGGGAGGGGGGAAAGCGACGGCGGGCAAGGGGUUAAAGUUCACCUUGGAGCUAGAGGUCGAUGCGGCGAGCCUCUCCGGAGAUCUGGGGAAGUACGCCGGUACAUCAUGGAGACUCACUAGCCCGAGGGUCGAGGGAGGGGCAGUUCCUAUACGGACGAUGGGGCCGACCGAAGCCACGCCACCGCGCGAUCUGGCAGGACCUUCGCACGGUGUGCCAGCGACAAAGGACCCGUACAAUGACAAUAGGGCACUCCAAAAAUCACCUCAAUCAACGCAGCAGUCUACGCCAACCAAGCUUCGUCAAGAGGAUCGCGCGGACAAGCAGCCGGUGUCGUCUAACGUACGGCAGACUGCAACGACGACCGGAGCGACUGCUACUACGACAACGACACCUGGAGUCGCAUCCCCCACGGACGAACAAGCGAAGAAAUUGCUGCGGUGGUUUCGGAGUCACUUCGACCGUCGAGAGAUUGACUGCGACUUCAAACUCCGGCACAAGAUGGCGAACGGCUACCUCGUCGGCGCAUGCCUGGCUCACUACCACCCGCGAAAGAUCGACAGCGUGGACUUCAACCGCGGCAACAGUCCCGCCAACAAGGCCGCCAACUGGGAGUUCGUGCAGAAGUUUCUUGGGAGAAGGAGUUAUUCUCUGCGCCGCGAGGACGUGCAGUGUCUGUGUACGGUGAGCAAACGCGGAAGAGGAGCGAAGUGGAUCGAAAUCCAAGCUGCCAACCGAUACAGUAGAUUCACGCUUCGUUUCGUAUUGAACUGUUGUCAAGAGACGCCACACAACGUGCCGAUGCCGGCGGAGGAAGGGGUCGAGGCAGCUAGCCGGGUUCUCGCGGGACUUUACGCUUUCCUCCUCGCGGACGGAUUGGUACCCCCCCUAGCGGGGAUAGCCCCGGCGCAUCUCCGAGCCCCACCGGCAAGGCAAGAAUACACAACAGGAUAUGUUGCGGUACGAAAAGUUCAAAUCUACAAACGCUUCACCGACCGCCGCAGGAGCGACUUGGAGGAGGAGGAGAUGAUGAGGAUGCUGGCUGCCACCGGCCCGAACGUUCCCGAAAGCAGUGGUAGACGAGCUGGUGGUGUUGGUUGCGGGUGGAAGCGGUCGUCCUCGCUGCCAGCUGCAUCAACCAGGUGGGUUUUUCGCCCCCCUGCCACAACCGCAUCGUGUUUGUAUGGGAGGAACGCCGAGGAGUUUCACGAAUCGAGGCGAACGGGCGGGGAGGGCAGAGGCAAGGCGGCAGCAAAAGACGCCCGCGGAAAAGAAGAAUCGGACAAACGGUGGCGGAGGUACGCCCCUGGCGAAGCGUUCGCCAACACGGACCCAGCAAAGCGGGAAGGCAGAGCCCACGGCAACGUUGAAGGGGACCAAAGAAGAGCAAACCCUGACAGCGAUCUCGUGGACAGAGGCGGCGGUGUGGAAGGCGCUGGCGGAAGGGGCGGUAGUGGCCGGAGGGUGACGCCACGAGACACCAGAGGUUUCGGCAACGUGAGAGACGGAGGGGAAGGGUUGGGACGCGGGGAGGACAAGAUGGGCCCAAGGCGGCUGGGGAGGGCGCCUGUACGCCGGGCGAGGGACAAUUCAUCGAGCUACGAAGAGCGGCACCGUCCGGCCAGGAGUCGUCGAAGGGGCUUCGGAUUCGACAGCGAUGACGACGAUGACCGUGGAAGCCGUCGUCGUCAAAGAGUAGGCAGAGGAGUAAACCUCGAAACGGCCGCACUGGGUGGCCAGAGCGACCCGUCGGUUGGGGGGGAAGACAGAGAGUACCACAGGAGGCGGCGGCGGCGACGGCGACGGCCGCGGCAGCAGCGACGAGAUGGCAAGCUAGACGAUGAGCAUUACCGGCACCACCGAGCCGAGCAAUUCGGAGACGGCCGAGUAGUCGAUGGGGAUGCUAGGUGCGCCCGCCAUCAAGCAACGGCACUGAGAGAUGUCAGCGAUCAGGGGUCUAGUUUUGAAGACGGUGAUACGAGCCCCCGCCGUCGGCAACCCAGAAGAGCGGCGGCGGAAUCAAACCGGUCAAGAAUGUCUUCGUUGUGGAGAGAGAGAAGCACAGAGAUUAACGAGAAGGGGGGCGUGGCACGACACGGCGCGAGGAGCGGCGGUAACAGCAACGACAGGCGCGACAACAUUACCGGCGAAGGAGCCGACGCCUACUUUGGGCGUGCCGGGUACGCUGCUGUUGCUGCUGCUGCUGCGGCGGCGGCUCCCGUCGGAGCGACUAGCCGCAGCCGCCACGGCCAGGCGAGGGACUUCGGUCUCAAAGAAGACGGCGACCACGACCGCCGCCGUGGGGGGGGCAGAGACCGUCAAGGUAACAACAACGACUACAACUACAACGAAGAGGGCACGGCGUUCUCGACCCCGUUCGCAACCCCGCGACGACGGGCACCCCAACCCGCCGCAGCCACCACCGCCCAACCCCCGAAGCAGUCCUUCGGGACCUGGCCAGGGGGCCGCCGCCGCGGCGGAGGUGGCGGCGUCGGCGGUGGGUACGACUACCCGUCCUUCCCCCCUUCGACACUGCCGGAAGAAAGGAGCAGGCGCCCACGCGACGGCCCUGCCGCUGCCCCUGCACCGGCCACCCCGAGGAAAGACAAGCCGCGAAGUUGCGGCGGCGGUCGGAGGGCGAUAGGGGGACUCGCGAGAGAGGAGGAAGCCGGGGUUGUGCGAGUUAACAGGAGGAGAGACAACGCCGAUAUCGAAGGCGAAGGCCGGCAAAGGCACCCGCGGGGAGCCGGCGGCGUUGGGGCGGGUGGCGGCGGUGGCACUAGCGGGGGUAGAGAUAGAAGUAGAAAUUGGGCAAGAGAGGGUACGCAGAGAGGGAAAGACUGGCCGGCAGCCGGAGCUACUGGGGGGCGGCGAGGCAACGGGCGUGGUGGUGGUUGUGGCGGUGAUGGUGCACAUACGCGCCCGCCAGAUCAACAUCGCUCAUUGUCCACCAACACGGGACCCGCGGGCGCCGACGGUCUCGUACCGAGCCACCCUCAGAGACGACGGGAUCGAGCAGAUGGCGACGGAUACGGCUUGAAGAGCAGCUCGGGCGCGGGCGCUGUUGCCGGGCGUGUGGCCCCGUUACCGACCAGCAGCACGCGAGGGGCGCGAAACCGGUCGCCGGUCAACAGCAGCGCACCCCUCGGGAAAAUGUCCGGCUUCGGACAGGGGGACGGGGGCUGGAGCGAGAGGGUCGAGGGCAGGCGGCAGAGGCAGCUCGAGCAGCGAGGCCGGCUGGCGAGAUCGAUGGUGGCAGAGGUCAACGGCGACUCGGGCAGGAUAGAGCCCUUAUCGGCGGCCCCGCCUGCUGCAGGUCACCAACACCACCAGGCCGUUUCCCCACCUCGGCUUCGACGUCUCGUUCAAUCCGAGCCGCCCGCCGGAUCGCCACCGCGCGGCAGCAGCCCGGAACCACAACCGGCAGUCCCGAAGGCAAUCGCCCGAAACAAGACCGAGUCUCGGAGCCCAGUGUAUCAAGCGAUGAACCAACCGCAAAGGCAACAGCAGCGUCCGUCACUGCUGGCAGCAAACGGUACAACGAAUCGGGCGGGGUUUAACUCGUACGCUGAUGACGGGGCUACAGGCGUUGCGGUCGGCGUAAACUGGGGCUAGACAGAGAUUCAGCUGCAAUUAUUUCAAGAAUCAUGGAGAGCGUUGUUAUACUCGCUCCGAGGUCAUCGCUGCUGCGGCAACAACAGCGAUGACCCUGUCCGUGGUAAUGCAGUGAGUGACUGCCACGCAACGCGCUCCACGACGGGAGAGAGAGGUAGGCUUUCGGGAAUUGGUACGUGUGUGUAUGUAGUGUGCGGUUGGGGACGAAGUCAAUACUUCUCGCAUACAUAUUCGAAUGCCAUCCCGCGUGUGACAAUAUAGACUAUAUGAAGAGUAUUUUGCCCUGGGCUAUAUUCGUUUCUGCAGAUGACGAUGGGUGAGAGUUGCUGGGUGGAAGCGAACCGUGCGUGAGAUGAAAAAGUGCUGUAGUAGUGUGGUUUGAACGUGCUGACGUUGGUCCGGCCCCGAGGCGUUCUUAGACCAUGCUGCUUGGGGUUUCGCGGACGAAAUCAAAGGCUGCGAAACGGUCGCGGUGCAUUCGGGUGCGGUAAAGGUUGGUAGCCUUGUGCGAGCGACGCCACUAGUUGCUCGCUGGUAAUUUGUAGAGGAAAAUAACAUCGGUCUCGAACGGUGUGGUUUGGUAUAGCUUAAGAAAGGUAGAGCUUUUGUUGUAGAGAGAUAGGGUCUAUGUGGUUUGGUCUUAGCUUUUUGGGAAGGAAACAAUCCAUAAAUAAUGUCGUAGACAGAUUGUAGAGUUCCUACGGAAGGUGAAAAUUCGUUACUGGCAAAUUCAAAUUGAAGCAAUCGGUCACUCGGUUGAGCUGCCACGGCAGGUGGCGGAAACCCGUUGUUUUUUGCGCACGGUAGCUUGAGGAUGCUGGGGGAGGCUGUAGCCGCCGCAUUAGUAACAGACAUCGAAUAGAAAAGGAUUCAAUCAAUUGUGGACGAGCUGUUCACGUCCAACCGGACAUAGUCUACAUUAUCCUACAUUAUCCUAGACUAUGCUACAUGAGCACAACUGCGAAUACGAUACUGUAUUAGUCUAGACUACACCUCCAUUCAGAAAACCGAGAGCCUCGUAAAUAAACUUGUUGUCUAUGGACAGAGAGAGAAAUUGAUUUUCGGCGAACGUAACGAGGGGCGGACAACGUCCAAGUCAGGUUAAGAGUAUCCUUCCUAGCUAGAUGUAGACGCACUGCCAAGUUCCCUUGGUCCGAGUAUUUUUUCCAGGAACAGCGGUCCGCCUGAUGUCUCGA